UUCGUGUCGAGCCAGCGGUCAGGCGCACUCGUGUCCUACCUCGAGAGACCGUGUCACCGAUAGAUUUUCCUCCGUCUACACCGUCGUCGAUGUCGCAGGGCGUAUAACCACGAUGCGCUUGUAAAACCGCGACGCCCCGUGCUUUUUCCACCGCUCUGUACACCGGAGACAACACACCCCGACUGUAUCGCAUCGACACGGUUUACCCUGACUCUCUCCGCCGAGGAACACAGCCAGGAGAAGAAGAGCAAGCCCCCCCGUUUCAGUGCAAGCUGCCGACUAACGAACGACCAAAAUGCCCGUCAUCAAGAGAGAAGCGGAAAGCGUGUCAGAAGUAAACCCGAUGGAGGACGUCGUUGAACCAACGUUAGAAGCAAUCGGGGCCGUCGAUGCAAUAGAGACCAAAGCGACGACGGAUGCCGAAAUGGUCACCGAAAGCGUAGGGAAAACGUUCGAGACCAAAGUGGAGGAUCUGGGGAAGGAGCUCGCGGAAGAAAUGGGAAUACCAACAUGGGGUCUCGUGUCCAUUCUAAUAGCCGUAGGCGUAAUAGUUCUCGGAAUCUGCUUUUGCUGUAUAAGAAGAUGCUGUCGCAAAAGACGGUCCAAAGACGGCAAGAAAGGGCUGAAGGGGGCGGUGGACCUGAAGUCCGUACAGCUACUGGGCACCACGUACAAAGACAAGGUCCAGCCGGAUAUGGAAGAGCUGACCGACAACGCGGAGGAACCGGACGAGGCUGAAAGUAAACAGAGCGAAGUGAAACUCGGGAAGCUUCAAUAUAAGCUCGAAUACGACUUCAAUACGAACAGCCUGGCGGUAACAGUGAUACAAGCCGAAGACCUGCCAGCCUUAGACAUGGGUGGCACAUCCGAUCCAUACGUGAAAGUAUACUUACUGCCGGACAAGAAGAAGAAAUUCGAGACGAAGGUACAUAGGAAAACACUCAGUCCGGUCUUCAACGAGACUUUCACAUUCAAGGGCGUCCCCUACGCAGACGCUAUGAACAAGACACUCGUGUUCGCGAUAUUCGAUUUCGACAGGUUCUCGAAACACGACCAAAUCGGAGAAGUGAAGGUUCCGCUCUGCCAAGUUGAUUUGGCUCAAACGAUCGAGGAGUGGAGAGAACUUCAGAGCGUCGAGGGUGAAGGCGGCCAGGAUAACAAAUUGGGUGACAUUUGCUUCUCCCUCCGGUACGUGCCCACGGCUGGUAAAUUAACGGUGGUCAUUCUGGAAGCGAAAAACCUGAAAAAGAUGGACGUCGGUGGUCUGUCGGAUCCUUACGUGAAAAUCGCUUUGAUGCAAAACGGCAAGAGAUUGAAGAAAAAGAAGACAACCAUCAAGAAGUGCACCCUUAAUCCGUAUUACAACGAAUCGUUUACGUUCGAGGUACCCUUCGAGCAGAUAAAGAAAGUGGAAUUGGUUGUCACGGUAGUCGACUACGAUCGUAUCGGCACCUCAGAACCCAUUGGGAAGGUCGUCUUGGGGUACAACGCGAGCGGAACAGAGUUGAGACACUGGUCCGACAUGUUGGCUUGCCCCAGACGUCCUAUUGCUCAAUGGCAUACGCUUAAGGACCCCGAAGACGGCGACAAGAAGGACUAAGGUCACUGAGAGUUGUCCAGUAUAUAAGGUAAUUGCACACCAAAUGGUUCUAAGCAGACACGACAAAUGUACAGAAGCAGUUUUUCCGUUUUCGUUUCCGUUCCGUUCGCUUUUCGCCCUCCCCUCCACUCCCCUACUCGAUAAACUAUAAUAUAUUUUCCAACGAUACCGGUGGACGAUGUACCGCACGAGGCAGGAUUACCCUGAACGAAGAAGAAAAAAAAAAAGGAAAUGAAAGAGGUGAAAGGAUAUUAACCCACAAAAAAAAAUAAAAGAGGAGAGAAAUGAAAAAUAAUAGAAGAAGGAAGCAACGAGCCUCUCAAGUAAUCGAUCGUUUAUUCACUGAAGUAAUUAUGCACGAAAAAGGAGAGAAACAGUGCGAGCGAACGAUAGCGUGCGAGAGAGUGGGAGAGAAAGAGAGUGUGAGUGAGAGAAAAAAAAAUAUUUAGAGAGAGAGAGGGAGCGAAUAAACACGAACAGAGAUGAGGAAAUAAAUAGGUAUUAGAUAUUAAUAAUCUAUUAUUAACUAAAUAACAAUAAAUACCACCAAGAAGAUUUUAGUAUUAAUAAUAUGUUCUCAUGAAGUGUAGCGUCUUGUAUAUACGUAUAGUAUGUAUAUCUACUAUACUUCUCUGUAGGUGUAAACAUUGAAUGAAUUUAAAGAAAACGCGCGUCCUCUUCGAGGUAUCUCGAUGAAGCAUUGAAUAUUUGCAGACACGCGGUUUUCACUUCCAAAUACAAGAAUAUUUGGAUACGCUCCAGUAACACAUUUCCUUUUUGUCGUUUAACC